AUGACCGAGAGGACCAUCGUCAUCGACCACGGCUCUGGCUACGUGAAGACUGGCUUCUCGGGCUGGAACGAGCCCCAGCUGGUCUUCCGGAGCAUCGUGAACUACCUGCCCUGCAGGGAGAACCCCGGCCCCAGCUCCGCCCAGCGGCGCCUGGGCCUCGGCAUCGACAUUUUCCAUCCUGACACCUUCAGCUACCCCGUCCAGCGUGGCCGUGUCCUCAACUGGGAGGGUGUGGAGCUCAUCUGGUCCUUCGUCCUGGAGAGAUUCAGACAGAAGCACAAGGACACCCCCGUGCUGAUCACAGAGUCCCCCCUGAGGGAGCCUGCGGACCGAAAGAAGACCCUGGAGAUUAUGUUUGAGUUACUGGAUGUCCCGUCUCUACUCCUGGCUGACCAGCUGGAGAUGUCCCUGUAUGCUUCUGGCCUCCUGACGGGCGUGGUGGUCGAUUCUGGCUCCGGCCUGACCCGAGUGCAGCCCUUCGUGCUGGGCCGCCCCUUGCAGCCCAGCGGGAAGACGCUGGAGUUUGCGGGCCAGGAUCUCUCGGCCUAUCUCACCAAGAGCCUCUUCAAGGAAGACGGCCACCCGAACAAGCUGUACCAGCUGGAAACGGUUGACACCAUUCAGAUGAGCAAAUGCUACGUGCCGCAGAAUCUGGGGGAGGCACUGGACUUCCACCGGAGCCUGCCGAGCGGCUCCGACGAGAGGAACACCUACCUGCUCCCCGACGGCACCUGUGUGGAGCUCACCCCCAUGCAGCGGCUGGCCCCCGAGAUGUUCUUCAGCCCCGGGGUGUUCAACCAGCAGGGGCCCAGCAUCGCCCAGGCUGUGGUGGGUUCCAUCAACACCUGCGAAGCCGCCCUGCAGCCCCAGCUCAUCGCACACGUGAUAGCCAGCGGGGGGAACACCCUCUACCCGGGCUUCACCAAACGCCUGCACACAGAGUUGGUCACCGACCAAUCCGCCUGCCCCAACGCCACCGUGUGGGUAGGUUCCAGGAGAAACUUUAGUGUCUGGCUGGGAGCAUCUGUUGUGGCUCAUCUGUCUACUUACAAGUCUGAGUGGAUGACCAAGGCGGAAUAUAACGAGAGAUAG